AUGAGCGCGCCCGUGUGCCUCAUCGAGGGCGGCGCCGACGGCCUGCGCGUCACGGAGGACGGCGUUCGCCUCCUGGAAAGUCUACAUGAGCCCGUGGCAAUCGUCUGCCUGGCAGGACAAUAUCGCACGGGCAAGAGCUUCUUCCUCAACCAACUCGCUUCCCACCGUGACGACUUGCGUGCUACGUCCAAGGCCAAUGGGUUUCGGGUGGGACCUACGACGGAGUCGUGUACGAGAGGCAUCUGGCUUUGGUCACCGCAGCCUCCGGUGCGCAACCCGGCGGGGCAGCUCGUGUUGUUCCUGGACACGGAGGGCAUGGCGUCGACUGAUAACGAUGAGAGCUACGACGCCAAGAUUUUCUCGCUGGGACUGCUGCUGAGUUCACUUUUCGUGUUCAACACGAUGGGCGUGAUCGACGAAGGCGCCAUUGAUCGACUGUACCUCGUGUCUGAGCUCACCAAGCACGUGUGCGUUAGUACGCACCCGACAACGGGAUCAUCGUCGGCUAAUGGGUUUGGGAGCAACAACUCAAAUGCAGAGGAGGCGGCACUGAGUGAUGACAAGCUAGAGGAAUCACGGGCGUUGGCGCCGCACUUCCCGCCGUUCGUAUGGCUACUACGUGAUUUUUUGCUCGACAUGCAGAUCAAUGGCAACGCUCUGACUGCGAAUGAGUACCUGGAGAAGGCUUUGGAUGCGCGUGAGGUUAGCACUACAGCAUCCGAGAGCACUAGAAUGCGUCAAGUGGAGCGGAAUCGAACUCGUGCGUCCAUUCGAGUUUUGUUUGGACGUCGUGAAUGCCUUACAUUAGUUCGUCCCGUGACCGACGAGCGCGAUUUGCGUCGUGCAGCGGAGCUUCCGAAUUCGGAGCUGCGGCCAGAGUUUGUUGACCAAAUGACAGCCGUGCGAUGUCGACUACUUUCGGCCGUGACUGCUAAAGAGCUGCUGGGCAAAACCCUGGAUGGCCCUCAGGUUGCACAGCUCGUUCGCUGCUACACAGAUACAAUGAAUAGUGGCGCCGUUCCUGAUAUUAAGGCUGCGUGGGAGUAUGUGUCGGAUGCGACGUGCCAAGCUGCGCUUGCUGCAGCCAUCGAGUUGUAUGAUACUUUGAUGGAGGCCACUACUGGUAAGAAGAAGCCCCCGAAAAAGGUGAACGACGAGGGUGACUCGGAAGAUACAGACGAAGUUGAAGGGGAGACGGACGAUGGCAGUGGUGGUGCAGAUGGAGAUGAACCGAGGAUUCUGUCACAGGCCGAGUUUGAGACGAUCUACAAGGAAGCCCAGGAGCAGGCCCUCAAUCUGUUCAAGGUGCGCUCAGUGGAAGGUUCAUCACGGGCGACGUGCUAUCAGAAGCUGAAGCAGCACAUGCACACGCGACGCACUGCACUCAUUGCUCAGCUGCAGAAGCGUUCGAGUCGGUUCUGCGUGAAAGUGCUCGCCAAGCUGCGCGCAAAGUUUCUGACCCGUCCUCUGGCUGCUGGUGCGUGGGAUGCUGCUGCCAACAAGGAAGGAGCGUUCCAAGCCACGAUGGAAGUACUGGAAGAAGUUUACGAACGGAAAGCCCGCGGCCCAGCGAAGAAGAAAGCCUUCUACCAGUUUCUACGUGUCGACGCACUUGUGUUCUUCGAGGCGCUGUUUCAGCGGAUGGCUAGCAACCAUGUCCACGACCGAGCUGAAUGGGAACGCAAGCGAGAACAACUUGGACAUUUACAUGAAAACGAGAAAAUGGAUUGGAAGCAGCAACUGCAGGCCAAGAGCAUGGAGACCCAGCAGCUUCUCGAAACGAAGGCUCAUCUGGAAGAUAAGGUGGCCACGCAAGCGGAGCGAAUUUCGGAGUUACAGCACGUAUCACAGCAACAAAUCGAUGCAAUUGGUGACCUCGAGAACCAGCGUAAGGGUCUAAACGAGGACAUCGACCGAUUGCACGCUGCAGCUGCAGAGUUGACGAAGGAACUGGAGAAGACCCAACUGCGACUACAGCACAAGGAGGAAACACUUGCUAAGGUUGAAGCUGAAGCGCACACUACAAGGCAAGAGCUUACCAAGCAGGUGGAAUCGCUUCGUGCAACGCACCAAGGCGAGAAAGAGGACUGGAUACGACGUGCGGCGGAUCAGACAGCGGAGAAGUCGAUGCUGCAAAAGCAGCUCAAGCAGGCGGAUCUUGACGCUCAGCAACAGAAUCGUGAGAUGGAGUUACUAGACAAAGAGCGGCAUCAACUGCAGCAGUUGUACGAGACUGAGGUGGAGACUCGAGUACAACUCGAGAGAGACUACGAGCUACUUCGUGGUGGUAAUGAAGAGAUACAACGCAAGCUGAAGGAGAGUGCAGCGCAUCAAUUGAAGGCGAAACAAGCUGCGGAGCGGGAGCAAGCUCGGUUGGAAGCUCGGUUGAAGCGCUUCCAGAUGCAACUGGGAAGCAUUGAGGGUGAUCGUGAAGUUGAAGAAGUGCUGCAAGAUUGCGUGGCCAGUGUUGUUCGUCAAGCCGACGAGGACAGGAUAAUAACGCUGCAAGAGGAGCGGCGGAUGUUGCAGGAGCAGCUUGGUGAUCUCCACGAGAAGAUCUCCACCUUGCCAGACUUCUACGUGCGGCAGAUUUUCUGUGCACCCGAACCAGUGACGAACUUUUUCGACGCGCUGACUUCGGUUGUCGGGGAUCCCAGUAAAUGGUAA